UUUUAGAGGAUCGAGCUCGCCCGUCCGCUCUUUAAAAUCCUAUCUUCGGUACGCUAGCGUCGAGUUGCUAUCCUCUGCGGCGGAGCCAACAGAUCAGCGAGGUUUAAGGCAUGGUGAAGCAUAACAAUGUUGUGCCUAACAGCCAUUUCAGGAAGCAUUGGCAGAACUAUGUAAAGACUUGGUUCGACCAGCCCGCUCGGAAAACUAGGAGACGCCUUGCUCGGCAGAAGAAAGCUGCCAAAAUUUUCCCGCGUCCAACUGCUGGCCCCCUCCGUCCUGUAGUGCAAUGCCCUACACUAAAAUACAAUAUGAAAUCAAGAGCCGGUAGGGGUUUUACCCUCGAAGAACUGAAGGCUGCUGGCAUUUCCAAGAAGCUCGCACCAACUAUUGGCAUUGCAGUUGAUCAUAGGCGAAAAAAUCGAUCCCUGGAGGGUCUCCAAGCAAAUGUGCAAAGGCUGAAAACAUACAAAGCCAAGCUUGUCAUCUUCCCAAGGCGCCCACACAAAUUCAAGGCUGGAGACUCCACUGCAGAGGAACUGGCAACCGCUACCCAAGUUGAAGGUCCAAUCCUCCCUAUCCUUCGUCAGAAGCCGCAAUCCGUUGAGCUUGUUAAAGUCACUGAUGAAAUGAAAUCGUUCAACGCCUAUGCCAAGCUUCGUGUUGAGCGGAUGAACCAGCGGCAGGUUGGCGCAAGGCUGAAGAAGGCAGCGGAAGCCGAAAAGGAAGAGAAGAAAUAAGUAGAAGAUUUUGUCAUCAUGUUUUUUACUAUAAACCACCAGUUGUGGGCUCGUAAGUUCUUUAUUUCUCUAGAAUUUUUGGUUCCAGACUUUGUUCCCCGCUGCACUUUUAAAUUUGAACUUGAUGUUAUGUUGAA